AUGACCAAGAGGGCCAGCUCCACCAUGCCGAAACUGACCGCCAUUGACCGAACACUCAUUGGCCUGCCCCCCCUCCAUGAGUGUCACCGGGGCCAGGCCAAUCCGGAGCUCCCAUCUCUGUCCCAUCUCUUCCCACUGUGGAGCCCCAUUGGCAAGAAUCCUGCACUGUCCCUGGGGCUUCCUGGGGGUCGUUUUCCCUACUGCUACCAGGCGGACGCAAAGCGCUGUAAAUCAGUGUCUGAACUGACUGCCAUCAGCGUCGGCUCCGGCUGCAGCAGAAAGGUGGCCUUCUGGGGCAGGCAGAAGCUGCUGGCCACCUUCAUGUACAGCACACAGCACACGUCAGAGCUGUACCUGAACCGGUUCCAGGAACACUGGGACGGGAGCUUCUGCUCUCAGCGAGCAGCGCGUGGCCAUCCAGGAUACCCACAGUUUCUUCUGCCCCCGUCCCAGAUUGUUCUGAUCCAAAGGCAGCACUCGCAGAGCCUGGGUGGACCCCGCAGUGGAGAGAAGCGGGAGCCCUUCCUCUGCAGCCUGCAGCCCUCCCGGCAGCCUGAGCAAUGUGCUGCGCUCAGCACUUCUCUGCUCCCGCCGCAGCCAGGGUGGAGGAGGCGAGCACUGCGGCAGUCAGUCGUGCGUGCUCGGGGUGCAAGUCAGCUUGUGCCGUUUCUAGCUCAUUUGGCAGCAGAAGCUCCGAGUCACACGGAAGAAGUUCUUGUCCAGAGGCAGCUGGGCUGCGGCUCUCGAAAGCCGAUCCGCUGCCUUUCCCGGGCGCACCGGAACGCUGCGGACUGCAGUCUCAGUCUCGAAAGCCGAAGAACAAAAAGAGGAAGACCUGCCGGACCGCACCCCCCCUCCUGGACAAAAGCACCUGGGGCUGGGCGAGAAGGGGCGCGCGCCAGUGACCUCGGUGCCCAGGGGCGCCCGCCCUGCGCGUGGACUUGCAGGCUCUUCGGAUGCAAUUGGACCCAGCCGCAUCCGACAGCAGUGACCUUUUAUAUUUGGGCUCGCGCCCCCCUCUCCUUUACCUGCAGACGAGUUCCGGCCAGGCUGCCGCCCGCGUUCCCGGCCCCGGGCCGCGCCAGGAACCCCGCCUGCGAGGAAAAAGCCUGGAUCCGCAGGGUGGGGGAGAACAAAGAGCCCGUGGAAGACGCCGGCCCCAUUGUCUGGGCACUGGGGGAGCCGCGGCCAGCGCGCACGCUCGCGCCCUGCUCCGGAUUUCUCCUGCUUUUCUCCCCAACCCCCGCCUUUCUUCCCCUUCUCCUCCCCGCCUCGGUCCCUCGGCAGAAGAAAGGCCUCUCUCUCCGUGUUCACAGCGGACCUUGAUUUAAAUGUCCAUACAAUUAAGGCACGCGGUGAAUGCCAAGAAUGGGGCUGGUUAAGCACCGGGAGUCGCCGCGGAACCCGGCAGCGCUGCGCCCGCGGGCCGGAGGGGGCGCGGGGGGCCUGGGGUGCGCGCGGCGGACCGACUCCGGGAGAGGAACGGGCAAGGGGCGCCGACGCUGCGCCCCUCAAACCCGGACCAGUGAGAGCGCGCAGAUGCGGGCUGGGAGCGCUUGGCGGGGGGCGCGUUUCGGUGCUGCCCUUUCCCGGGGCGCAUGGGGAGGGGGCGCGGAUACCACCUGAGCUCCGCGGCGGGGUUUUGGGGGCCCAGGCUUCCUUUUUUGGUUUUGUCCUUAUUUAAAAAAAAAAAAAAAGGAAAAAAAAUAGCGCGCCUGAUGAGCUCUCCAGAUUGCCCCGGGCCUACGCUGCGCUAUUUUGUGCUCUGCGGGAGGUGAAGGAGGGGGUGGGGAGGAGGUGUUUGUUGUCCUUUGCGGUAGAGCUGGGCCACCUGACAACCUUCAGAAGUCCCUGGCAGACGGGGUGCCAAGAAAGGACUCCCGGAGUGCUGGCCAGCUCCCUGCCGCUGUCACCGCAGCUUGGGGCAGAGAUCCCAGUGAGAGGGGAGAGGCCGCGGCUGGGCAAGACAGCAGCCUACAGAGGUGGGGCUGGGUACAGACCAUUUUGGGGGGCUUUCUUCCCUCCCUCCGGACCUAGAGUAGCCGGGCCCAGGGACCCCCUCGGCGCUGCCCAACUCAGUCCUAACCCCUCCCCAGCUGCCAGGGAUGGUGGCAAAACCCAAAGCCAUUAAUUUCCAGGUGGAGAAAAUGGAGGCGGGGCAGUCCCCGCGGAGAAGAGCAAGGAGCUUUCCGAGGCAGGAAGCCCCCACCAGCUUCUCCCCUGCCCUUGGCACUGGCCUGUCUUGGCAAGACCUCAGCCAGGGGGAUGCUUAGGAUUUUAGUGGGAAUCUUGACACAGAAAUCCUCAUCCCAAGGAGAUGCUCUUUUCUCUGAAAUCCUCAGUCCAGCUCAGGAAACCAAUUAAUAUGCCAGGACUCCGAGGACCCCAGAUCUCAUCCCCUUCCAGAGUUAUUAAGCACCUGCCCCAUGCCCGUCAGGGUAUAAUUAAGUAAUAGCUGAGGUUCUUUGCCCUCUGGAGGAAGGAUCUGCAAUCGGGUGACCUUCCUUCCAGAACCUUCACUGGAUCUGCAAAAGAAAAAAAAAAAUAGGCCACAAUCUGCUCGCCCUUGCGGAGAGAAGGCUGCGGUCCCACCAGACAGACGGCGUGCACAGUGCUCUCCCUCUGGCCCCAGAAGGCAGGCUUAGCGGCGGGGACUAGGCAGCCAGGCAUCUGGGCAAACAGGGCGCCCUCCCUGCCCUUCGCCUCUGCUUCUGCGGGGCGCAGUCUGCCAUCCGAGCUCAGUGGCCUACAACUGCCCACAUUAGCCCCGGGCCCUUCCGCGCUCAGCUUUGCCCCAUCAUUCCAUCAGACAAGCUGUGCCCUUGGCAGAGGGGUCUGCCCAGCACUGCCUGCCCCAGGGGCCGCCCCAGUUAUACCCCCUUUCUGCGGAAACCUCAGGCGCUUUCGCUCCUCCAAAGCCUCGGCCCCGGCACCAUGGACAGGGCCGCCAGGGCCUGCCUAUUUGCAUUUAAAGACUUUUAGCCAGUCCCAUUCCAGCAAGUCUGGGUGAGUGUUCUGGGGGAAAGAGGAGGCUUCCUGUGAUCCCCCAGACUCACCACCAAGUGCCUUUGAUGUGGGGCUUGUGUGGCAGAAGUGUAGAGGUAGAGGAAGGUGCCCUGCACCUUUGUCACAUCAGGGGCCCUUUUAUGUUCACCAGAGGCGAUGGUAAAGGUCAGCCAUGUAUUUGGGGCCCAGCUUGGUUGACGUAGAUACCAGAAAAAGCCUCUCCAAUCUCUUCCCCACCCCACUGGAGCCCCUCUGGUUAGAGCCUAGACAUUGGGGUGCUUUGGGCCCUUCCCGGCUGCAUUUGCUAAAAAGGCCCCCUCCCCUCUUCAUCCCACUGGAGAAGACCCUCGAGGGUGGAUAUUCUUCCCGUAGAGAGACGGUGGGAGGGGGAUGGGGUCCAGAGAGAGCCUCAGGGUCCAGAUCUCUGUGUCGGAGAGAAGAAAUAGAUCUUUAACAAAGGCAAAGGUGGGCCACCCGCUCCCAGAGGCCAGGUGGGGGAGGGUUUGAUGGCCUCAGUAGUUGGGAGCCAAGGCCAGAGAAAAGAGGACCGGGUUGGGGCAGUCUCAGUGGCUCAGCAGACAGAGGCCUCGACAGAGCGAUUGCUGACAACGGCAAGGAAGCGAAUGAGCGCCCCAGGAAAGAGCCGGCUCUCCGGGCAGACAAUGUUCUUCCCUCCACUGAACUUACGUAACACCCCCACUCCUUGUUCCAACCUUAGGAUGGAGGGGGCAGCUGCACGGCCCCCUCGCUGGGACAGAUGGCACCCCCCUCUCCCAGUUCCUCUGUGGGUGGUUUUCGAGCCCCGUGAGUCAGCUGGGGCUGAGGGGCGUGCUGGUGGCGUGUGUGCGCUUGAGGCUUGCCUGGCUGAUUCAUGAUGAUGAAUAUGUCAAUAAUAACAAUCAUGGGAACAAGAAUGCCUAAUAAAGAUUUCUCUUGCAACUUCCAUCUACAA